CCCUUUCAGACGAGGAUGAGGGCGCUGUGCUUCCUGUUGGUGGUCUGUGGAGCCCUGGCUGCCGAUGUUGUUGAUCCGGCCAGCUGCCGGAGCUUUCCCUGCCUUAUCUUCAACGAUGACUUCAACGAUCUCAACAACAAUAUCUGGAAGCCUGAAAUCACCAUGUCUGGUGGUGGGAACUGGGAGUUCCAGAUGUACUUAAAGGAUCAUAGUCUCAGCUACAUACGUGAUUCUGCUCUGAUCAUCAAGCCGGAACUGACGUCCAACCGUUUAACUGAGGACUUCCUGUUCAAUAACGAGCUCAACCUGGGGUCGGCGUGCACGGACAACCGGGACUUCGGCUGCGUCCGCAGAGGAACCUCCGAGAACAUCAUCAACCCCAUCAUGAGCGCCAAACUUACCACUCAGCCAAGCUUCGCCUUCAGGUAUGGUCGGGUGGAGGUCCGCGCCAAGAUGCCCCGAGGAGACUGGUUGUGGCCAGCUAUCUGGCUCCUGCCCAAGGACUCGCAAUAUGGUGGAUGGCCUGCAAGUGGCGAGAUUGACAUUGUUGAGUCUCGAGGAAAUACUGAGUAUGGCAACCUGGGCCACCAGCACGCAGGGUCCACUCUCCACUGGGGGCCCAACCCUCAAGCCAACAUGUUCACCAAGACUCACAAAACUUACUCUGCCAAUGAUGGAUCAUUUGGCUACAACUUCCAUACAUGGAGGCUGGACUGGACCAAGGACAACAUGAAGUUCUACGUUGAUGGCCAACUCCAGCUGACAGUGGACCCGGGCACCAACUUCUGGGACUUGAGUGGCCUGGGCAGUUCCCAAAACAAUCCAUGGAAAGAUGGCAAUAAGAUGGCACCUUUCGACCAAAAGGUGGGCAUCAAUGAUUUUCUCGAUUUUAAUUUUAACCAUUUCUUUCUGUGCAUUUUUUGAGUCACAAGCUGAUCA